AUGCAGCAGUUGUGGGAUUAUGAGGAAAAAUCUAAUGACGAAACUAAUGAUGUAGCUAAUGAUGAUACAAAUGAUGCUCAAAAUGAAAAAGUUGUUGAAGAAAGCCAUUGUCAACAGAAAGAAAAUAACUCACAAUCUCAAAGUGAUUUAUCUAAUGAAACACCUCAAAGUAGAGAAUGUAAAGAUGAGACGGAUAAAAUUAAGGAAGAGAUAAGAGACCAAACAAUAGAAGACUGUAACGUCUGUAGUGAAAAUAGGAUAUACAAUAUUUUUAAACAUCUCAGAGAUAAAUUUAGCUUUAAUAAUGAUGUCCCAUAA